CCGCCUGUGGACAUUUGGUGGUCAGAAGCAUCUGUCCCACCUCCGGGAGCGGCGUUCCACACCCUCCUGUGAGCAUGGCUGAAGCCGGCUGUCGCGCCGGCGCCGUGCACUAGCACCAGGAUUGUUCCCACAGAGUUGGGUCGAAAGUCUGGCUCCUGUGGACCUGCCUGGAGAGAGGCAAAAUGGACCACCGUGAGAUCACGCUGGAGGCUGACAAAAUCCACCAAAACCGCCUGUCAAGUGUCACCGAGGACGAAGAAGAACAAGAUGCAGCGUACACCAUAGUGACGGUGCUGGAUAAAGUGGCCAACAUUGUGGACAGCGUGCAGGCAAGCCAGAAAAGGAUAGAAGAAAGGCACAGGGAGAUGGAAAAUGCCAUCAAGACCAUACAGAUCGACAUCUUAAAGCUUGCCCAGGCUCACGGCAACACCGGCUAUACGGUGAACAAGCUGCUGGAGAAAACCCGCAAAGUCAGCUCCACCAUGAAGGAAGUGCGGGCACGGGUGGAAAGGCAGAGUGCCAACGUGCGGAAGGUGGAGGCAAAGCAAGAGGAGAUGCUGAAAAAAAACAAAUUCCGGGUUGUGAUCUAUCAGGAGGAAACUGAGUGUCCUUCAUCUCUCUCUGUUAUCAAAGAGAGGACAGCAGGUGAAACUCUAGAGGAUGAUUUCAUCCCACCCGAUGACCUGUCUUCUGAUGAAGAAUACUAUAUUGAAGAAGGCAAAGCAGCCCAGUUCAAGAAAUCAGGCAUGAGGCGCAUAGAUGAUAUAAAAAAGGCAUUUUCAAGGGAAAAUAUCCAAAAGACAAGGCAAAACUUUGGCAAGAAGGUAACCAGGCUUCGAACUAGGAUAGUGACCCCUGAGAGGAGAGAGAGGAUCAGGCAGUCAGGAGAGAGACUGAAACAAUCUGGAAUAAGGUUCAAGAAAACCAUCGCACAAGCUGCCCCCACGAAGGAGACGUUCAAGAUCCACAAAAAAAGUAAAGAGCGAACGGUAGCCGAAGGUCAGGAGGGAAGCCAGGAAGGUGGCGUGCACAUAGCCUCCGAGCUCACAGCUGCAGAGCCCUUCACUGAAGAAAUCUCCUACACAGAAGUGAUCACUAAGGUAAAGAAAGACAAGAACAGUGCAACAAAAGGUGCUUCCCAGCCAGCUGAAAAGGGAGUGAUGAUCCCCGAAGUCGUUCUUAAGCAGGAAGGAAAAGAAGGAGGCGGAGGAGGUGACGAUGUCCCCUUGCUGGACUUAAAGCAAUCAGCAUAAAGAAUCAAUUACCAAACACCCCAUGCCAUCCUUACUGAACAAGAGAAAAUGCAGACUGUAUGCACUCCGUUUUUUAGGAAAAUGUGUGAGUUUUUGUUCUAUCAUGAAACACGUAUUGGUGUUGUUCUGUCAUCUACACGGGUGUCUGUAGUGUCAUCUUCCCGACACAUAACCAAAAGAAGGGGCUCCCCCUCUGUCUUGGCAUGUGCCAACAGCCAGCAUUAAUCCAAAAGGAACUGAGCCUCGCAUGUCCACGGGAGAUGGAAAUCUGCUCUUCUUUCAAGAUUGAUUUAGCGUUCAUUUAACAUCCUAAUUACUCUCUUCAGUUUUAUGUACAACAGUAUAAAAUGUUGUCCUUCAUCCUAUAACAACUCCUCUACUCAGAAACCAAUAGCAAAGCUAUUGCUUUAUAUUAGCAGAAGGAAGAACUAUGAAAUAUGUCCAUUCAGCUGUACAAAUCUUUUCGUUGAACGGCCCUCACUGAAACUGCAGAAGGAGGAAAUUCCUGCUUUGUCCCAGGUGUGACAAAAUGUGGCAGGAAUUUAGUAAAUGGUUUUAGUAAACUGCAUUUCUUCUCAGUGGAAAAGAGAAGCUCACAAAAUGUCUAAAGGUUAUUUCCAGAGUUCUGGAGGAGGAAGGAUCGAUGUAUUUAGGCCAGGCAAUUUCUGCACUUAUGGAGUAAGGUUAAAAAAUCAGAAGACACAUUAACUAUGGAAUAGCAGGAGGAAAAGAGAAUGAGAUAUCAUAAUCAUGGAAAGACAUGAUUGUGAGAAAGGCAAGGGUAUAAAGUAGUAGAAGGUGUACAAGAUUAAUGUAUAGGUUUUGGAUAAGUAGUAAAAAACCCUAGAAUAUGGCAACAGAAGUUUGUAUUUGCUUACUUGAGAUCAUUUGAAGAAUUAAUUGUUACUCUAUCCAGAGGAUAAUAGAGUUCAUGAAUGUAGCUGACAGGACGAGAGAAUUGUUUUGUUUUCCAUUACUCUGUGGUUUCUCUGAGCUUCGCUUCAAUUAAAAUCUAUUCUAUAAAGCCGCCGAAGUAAAGGGCCAAUCCAUAACGCAGCUCUUUGUUUUCUAUCACCGCCAUUAUCGACCAGCCACAGCCUCAGGGAUUAUGAGACAGACACCCUUCGGAGUAGGGAAUGCUGUUUAUUUGCAACACUCGCUGCCCUGAAAUCAGAUAUGUUUGUAAACACGACCACUAUGCUGACGUGAGGAGCGGGACUGUGGUGCUCUCUUCGUUCUUACAUGGCAUUGCUUUCAAGGCACUUACCUAAAGCAACAUUAGGCAUUACUGUCUGUGUGAAACUUGUACAAUAUUGCCCAAAGCUGUAUUGUUGUAUUUAAUAUCUCAGGUUCAUUUUAAGAGCAGAGCAUAACCUGAUUAUCUAUACGUUGUUUGAGGACUCCCAGCUGUUAAUCUAUAAUUUAAAUAUAAUUAGUUUGAUUUCAA